CUACACGGUGCAGUGUACAUACACGCUACGGCGCGGCGCGGUAGCUGGCUGGUGCACGCACCUCUAUACACAGUACACGUAUAAUGUGUUGUAUGCGGACUAAUGCACUUUGAAUGCAUGUGUUCGAAUAUAAGGUGUAGUGUGUAACUUAUACAUGUACCAUUUUAUGUCACCAAAAGCCAAGCUCUCUACAAAAACCUCGUGAACCAUAUGUGAGUUGGCCUAGUGUGUAUUUGAAUUCCAGCAGACUGAGCACAAGCAGAAUCCAUGAGUGAUUACAUUGAUGGUGAGUCGUGAGUUUUACCCAAUUUUGUCAGAGUCCUUGGAGUCGUUGGGCAACUUUUGAACCACCACUGCAAACACAAAGACACAUUGCCCAGUUGGGUUGUCACUUACUUGGGCAGUCGAGCAACAUGUCCAUGGCCAGUCUGUUUUCCUUCACCAGCCCAGUGGUGAAGCGACUCCUCGGCUGGAAGCAGGGUGAUGAGGAGGAGAAAUGGGCCGAAAAGGCGGUGGACUCCCUGGUCAAGAAACUCAAGAAGAAGAAGGGUGCCAUGGAGGACCUGGAGAAAGCUUUGUCACGCCCCGGUGAGGUCAGCAAGUGCGUUACCAUCCCCAGGUCCCUGGACGGCCGGUUGCAGGUCUCGCAUCGCAAGGGGCUCCCCCAUGUCAUCUAUUGUCGUGUGUGGCGCUGGCCCGAUCUACAGAGUCACCACGAGCUGAAGGCACUUGACAUCUGCGAAUAUGCAUUUGGCAAGAAGCAGAAAGAAGUCUGCAUUAACCCUUACCACUACAAGAGAGUAGAAAGUCCAGUUCUUCCGCCAGUGUUGGUCCCACGUCACAGCGAGUCGGUUCCCUCCCACAGCCUGUUGCCGUACCGCAGCCUCCCUGAUCCGCCAUAUCCACACAACGCCACCUACCCGCAGAGCUUUCAGCAGCAAGCCAACCAGGGCCUCUCCCCUCACCACCCAGGGUCCCCCGGCGGUCAGCUGUCUCCAGCCAGUUCUAGCCCUAGUAGCCCGUAUGGAGUCCCCGCCGACACUCCACCACCAGCGUACAUGUCCUCUGAUGAUGGCAACACCAACGACGGAACACCCAUGGAUACAUCAUCUGCACAGCCUACAAAGUCCAACAUGAACAUGCAAGACGUGCAGCCUGUGACGUACACAGAGCCCCAGUGCUGGUGCUCUGUCGCCUACUAUGAGCUCAACAACCGCGUGGGGGAGCCCUUCCAUGCGUCCAGCACCAGCGUGAUUGUAGACGGCUUCACAGACCCUUCCAACAAGACGGAUCGCUUCUGCCUAGGAUUGCUGUCCAACGUCAACAGAAAUUCAACCAUUGAGAACACGAGGAGACACAUCAGUAAAGGUGUUCAUCUGUACUAUGUUGGUGGUGAGGUGUAUGCCGAGUGUCUGAGCGACAGCAGCAUCUUCGUCCAGAGCCGCAACUGCAACUACCGCCACGGCUUCCACCCGACCACCGUCUGCAAGAUCCCGCCGGGCUGCAGCCUGAAGAUCUUCAACAACCAGGAAUUUGCCGCCCUCCUCUCUCAGUCGGUCAACCACGGCUUUGAGGCGGUCUACGAGCUGACCAAGAUGUGCACCAUCCGCAUGAGCUUCGUCAAGGGCUGGGGGGCCGAGUACCACCGGCAGGACGUGACCAGCACCCCCUGCUGGAUCGAGAUCCACCUGAACGGUCCCCUGCAGUGGCUGGACAAGGUCCUGACCCAGAUGGGUUCCCCCCAUAACGCCAUAUCCUCUGUCUCGUGAUCUAGCCCCCCCUCCCUCCCUUCCUCCCUCCCCAGGGUAAGGCAACACAGGGUGUCCUGUUGAGCUGUUUUAUUCUCGUCGAUGCCAAGAACCCUCUCCAGGCUAUACUUCAGGGAGUAGUGUACUCACCGAUUUAGUGCGGAGCCAGUGAAAUGUGUGCUUGACUCAACAAAAAAAAAAGACGUUAGUUUUGUCAGUUUGAACCAAUUUGUGACAUAGUGUACAGAUGAUAGUGGAUUAAAUAAGUCUAGCCAAUUGUUGAAACCUAAAUGUGGCUACCAUUUAUUGAGUUAAAUAGUGAUAAACAGCAACAGACAAGCACAAUACCGGUACAAGGUCAACAAAACUUGACCUAUCGUCAUUGCACUCCAGGCGUAAUCUGGAUAAUCAUGACAUUCUCAAAAUCUAAUGAAAACAAUUUGUAAUGAAAGAGCCGUACCGGUAGUUCUUAUAAAGUUAGUAUCACAGAAAAGUCCCUGGUACAGGAGAAUACUAUCAUUUUGGCUAGCAGUAGAUACAGCUAUUUUUCAUUAAAGAGAUCAGUUUUCAAAUUUCUUCCCUGUACCAAAUGGUACACUGUCUGACAAAACAAUCUUGUCACACUUGACUAAAUAUCUUUUAACCUGACCAGUUCUUCCCAAGUCUUGAGACAAGACUACUAGAUACACAAGUGUUAAAGGGUCUACUGUUAUACAAAAGCUUGGAGGGCUUUUAAGAAAUGUACCAAAUGAAAUUUUCUCCUGGAAAACUUAGCGGAGCUAGGAGGAGGCACCAAACUGAAAACGCGGAGAAAGGCUCAGUUCUGUUGAAGUGAAAGGUUACUGAAACGACUACUACUUUGUAAGUUAAUUAUAUGAAAUGCAUCUCAUGAUCUGCCAAAUUUCCUGUCAGGGAUAGAAGUGUGCCCUUUCAGCAUUGUACCACUCUGUGACAUCUGCGCAGCACGCUCUGUUUGGCCCUGAAUUUUUCUAUACUGGACAAACACUUUGCCAAUUGUGAGAGAUUUGAUAAAUGUACGUGUAUAUUUGAUGUCAGUAAUGCCAUUGAUUCGAUAGAAUGACUCAGAUCAACUUAAAUAUUAACCAUUGUUUGUUUUUUAAACUCUGUAAAAAAGGAAGAAAGUCUUGUUAUAUGAACUUGUAACGUAGGUCAUGUUUGCCACAGUAAUACAAGAUUUUUUUUCCUACCACAGAGGUGCAUGAGUUUUGUAUGUGCCAUCUGAAUGUGUAUGUCAGCGUUGCAUGUUUUCUUAAACUGAACAUUCUGUUUUUGAAAUGGCGCUAACUCUGAAUGUACCAGAGUGUGUCAGAGGAAAAAAGUAUUGGACAGUUUUCCUUUUUUUUUUCUUGAAUGAAAGAGGAACUUAAUGCAUGCCUACACAUGCAUGUGUGGUUGGUCUUAGUGGAAUGAAAUUCAUGAACUAUCCUUGCAAGAUAUGUGUGAGUUAAUCAAGUGAAACUGCAUUAAGCCAGUUGUUAAGAUGCAAAUUGAGUAAGAAGAUUAAAAUACAAUAUGGAGAUAGAGUUUCACCAGAGCUCAACACAUCUAUCACUCAACACAAAAUGGCUACAUCAGAUGACCUGUUGACAGACAAGUUCUCUGUUGCGAUGCACUGGGCUGUGUAUGG